GGAGGGGAGCGCCUGAAUACAUUUCUCUCCUCCCCGUGACGUCGUGCGGUCUGGUCCUGGGGUGCUUUGCUCUCCAGUCCCGUCUCAGCAGAAACCACUUCAGUUGGUGCCUCGUCCAUCCAUCCACACAACCAGCGUGCAACGUGCGCGUUACGGUGCGGCGAGGUGCGUUACGGGCACCUUCCCUUCUUCUGCUUCUACUCCACGCUGUCUGUCUUGUCCCACAUAUCACUGAACUGUUUCCACACUACGCUUGGAGAGAGAGAGGAGAGAACCUGAGGCGUUGAAUAAGUAGGGAGAGGGCGGAAAGGAGAAGGGCACAGAGAAAGAGAGAGAGUGAGAGAAUAAAAAGAAAGAGAAGAGGAGACAGGUCGCCCUAGUCGCUCUACUUCCCUGAGCUGAAAAUCUACCGAGAAGAUGCUGAGACUAGCCGGCUUGUUGGCUGUAGUGGCUCUGGGGUUGAGCGCCGCUCACACCAAAGUAAAUAAACACAAACCGUGGAUUGAAACAUCAUACCAUGGGGUGAUCACUGAAAACACUUACGUUGUUCUGCUAGAUCCUCCUCUGGUGGCCCUGGACAAAGACGCUCCCAUCCCCUACGCAGGGGAGAUCUGUGCAUUUAACAUCCACGGGCUGGAGGCUCCGUUUGAGGCAGUGGUACUCAACGGUACGUCUGGCGAGGGCCAGCUGAGGGCCAGCGGCUUGGUGGAUUGCGAGGUGCAGAAGGAAUACACCUUCAUCAUCCAGGCUCAUGACUGCGGAUCUGGCCCCGGGGGCACGGAGGGCAAAAAGUCCCAUAAGGCGGUGGUGCAUAUUCAGGUCAACGAUGUGAAUGAGUUUGCCCCGGUGUUUCGGGAGCCUCAGUAUCGAGCUUCGGUGACGGAGGGCAAGAUUUAUGACAGCAUCCUGCAGGUGGAGGCCACUGACCAGGACUGCUCCCCACAGUACAGCCAGAUCUGUAACUACCAGAUCACCACAACCAACACACCCUUCGCUAUAGAUCGCAACGGUAACAUCCGGAACACUGAGAAGCUGAGCUACGACCGGCAGCAGCUGUACAAGAUCCAGGUCACGACCUGGGACUGCGGCCAGAAGAGAGCCUUGCACAGCGUCCCUGUCCACAUUGACGUCAAGCCUGUCUGCAAGCCUGGUUGGCAAGAUUGGAGUAAGCGAGUGGACUAUGAGCCAGGAACAGGAAGUAAGCAGCUGUUUCCUAAAAUGCACCUGGAGACCUGUGGCGGACCACUUUCGUCAGUGAGGACCACAGUGGAGCUGCAGACCAGUCACAUUGGAAAAGGCUGUGACCGCGAGACCUAUUCUGAGAAAUCUCUACAGAAACUCUGUGGGGCCUCCUCGGGCAGCACUGACCUUCUGCCUGCCCCCAGUGCUGCCACCAACUGGACAGCUUCCCUUGUGACUGACAGUGGCAGGGACAGUGACUUGAUCUUCAGGUUUGAUGGUCAUCAGGCAGCUAAAAUCCCAGACUGGGUGGUACCCCAGAAUCUGACAGACCAGUUCACCAUAGCAACCUGGAUGAAGCAUGGACCCAGUCCUGGUCUCAGAGCCGAGAAGGAGACUCUACUCUGUAACUCUGACAAGACCGAGAUGAACCGUCAUCACUAUUCCCUGUAUGUCCAUAAUUGCCGCCUGGUGUUCCUGCUGAGGAGAGACUUCACCCAGGUGGACACCUUCAGACCAGCUGAGUUCCACUGGAAACUGGAGCAGAUCUGUGACAAGGAGUGGCAUUACUACGUCAUCAACGUGGAGUUCCCCGUGGUGACGCUCUAUGUGGACGGAGUAACCUACGACCCCUACCUGGUGACUGACGACUGGCCCAUCCACCCCUCACAGAUUGAUGUGCAGCUCACAGUCGGUGCCUGCUGGCAAGGUGGGGAGGUGACCAAGCCUCGGUUCACCCAGUACUUCCGGGGCAGCCUUUCUGGAUUGACCAUCCGACCGGGGAAAAUCGAAAGUCAGAAAGUCAUUUCCUGUCUGCAGGCCUGCAAAGAAGGACUGGACAUCAACUCCCUCGAGAGUCUGGAUAAGAGCAUAAAGUUCCACUUUAACCCAGCACAGUCUAUAUUGGUAAUGGAGGGAGAUGACUUGGAAAACAUGAACGCUGCUGUAAAGAAAGUUUCCUACAUAAACUCUCGUCAGUUUCCCACGCCAGGCAUCCGACGUCUGCACAUCUCCACUGCCGUCCAGUGUUUUGGGGAAGACACUUGUAUCACCAUCCCAGACAUUGAUGCAGUGGUGAUGGUGUUGCAGCCCAGUGAGCCCAGGAUAACCAUCACCGGAGUGGAGAGACUGAAUCAGCCAGCCUCCGACCUCAGAGCGCCAGGCGGCACAGUUCUGUUCCAGGACCUCCACAUCAUCAGCACAGUCACCAGGGCAGACGCCACCGCACAUCACACAGAGCAUCGACCCGGGUUGCAGGAGGAGAUUAUUCAUAACUUGGACUACUGUGAUGUCCUGGUGUUGGGGGAGGAGCUAGUGCCAGAGGAGGAGUCUCUCCAACUACAGCGCCGCGCUCUGCUAGGAAAACACCUCGACGCCACUAACUCCACUUCUGGCAUGUCCAUAUAUGGUGUGGACUCCAUGUCCAACUAUGAACAGGUGAUCCGACAGGUGCGUUACUAUAACUGGCGUCCUGGACAACUAACAGAGAGAAGGUUUCGCCUCACCUGCUCGGAGCUCAAUGGACGCUACACCAGCAAUGAGUUCAACCUCGAGGUGAGCGUACUGCACAGUUCAGAAGCAGGGGAACAUGUCAGUCACAUGGUAGCCCCGCCUCAAUACAUGCAGGUGGUCCACCAUCCGUCCAUGAUUCAUGACCUGUACCCCAGCCACAACUCAGCGAUGCCGAGUGCUGCCACCGUGGUAAUUGUGAUGUGCAUAGCUGCUCUGGUGGUGGUUGUGGUGCUGGGCAUCUAUCGCGUCCAUCUGACCCACCAGCAGGAGGUCAAACUGGCAGAGACAGCCAAAGAGGCAGACGUGACCUGGGAUGACUCGGCUCUGACGAUCACGGUCAACCCGAUGGAGAACCUGGAGGAGCCCCGGGCUGUAGAGGAGGAGGCCAGUGAGGAGGAGGAGGAGGAGGAAGAAGAAGAGGAUGAGGAAGAUGACGAGGAGGAGGAUGACAUCACCAGCGCUGAGUCAGACGACAGCGAGGAGGAAGUGGACGUCCAGCUACCCAGGAUGCAACGUCCAAACAAGAAGGGUCAAAACUGGGACAAAACAACGAUAUCUUAUUGAAAAAAACACAGUCACUCACACGCGCACACACAUUCUGCAGCACGUUCAUAUUGUAACCUCAAAUCAGAUGGUUGAAACAAAAAGACUUUAUGUGAUGUUGAUCUAAAAUGAGGUAAUAUCUCCCCCUACUGGAAGACUUCGCUGAAAUACACAUUGUGCAAUGAUUUAACCUUAGCCUUGUCAGAAAACAUCCCGUUUUAUACAACUGCUAAGAAAAAAUAUAACACUCAAGCUGCUUGUCAAUCAAAUGACUUUCAUUCUUCUUAAAGGGACAGCUCGCCAAAUUUCGGUCCUCCCCUGAGAGCUUUAAUCUCUCUCCCAUUACAGUCUGCACCACAACUACAAUCUUUAGUGAAAUGAAGUGGUUGGAAUCUCAUGUUGAUGAAACCCUGCACCGUACAUUCAGUUUGAUGCGACACCUGUUCCACAGUGAGAUUUCUGAUGUCCCAUGAAAAUGCAAAACAGUCUUUAUUUACUGUAAGAAAACUGAGUUGCAAAAGUAAAGAAACUGACUAUUUUUUUGGUUUGUAUAAUUUAUGUUAUUUAUCAAUCUUUAUUCUAGCCUAUGUGGCACAGCCAGGUGAUUUUACAGAAAUAGCAUAUUUUCAAUGGUACUCAAAAAAAGAAAAAAAGAAAAAAAAAAAGAUUAUCAAUGUGUAGUCAUGGUGAACUAGCUGAGGGGUCUGAGUUCUGGGUUUUUGGGAAAGACAGAGGAGUCUCCUUGUACAUUUUUAUACACUCCUUUCUUGUAAAUAUUGAGUAUAGUAGGUGACCGCCCCCCCACUCCCUAACACCACUUUCUCCACCCAGAAACCCUCCUCUCCACCUGUAUACAGCACACAUGCCACCUCUUCAUAUGUAUCUUGAACCCUUACUGUAGCCUGCAGGAGUCUUCACUGAACUGACCCCUCAGUCCUCUGUGUGUGUGUGUGUGUUUGUAGCUCAGUGUUCAGGUCAUUCCGAUUUGUUAGGUUUGUUAGUAUGGAUGUGCCACUGCCUUCAGUAAAUGACUGGGUCAGGUAAAGCUGCACUACGCAACAUGUUCUUGGAAAGAGACGCCGGCCUUAUACAUCUAAAUCACACGGCAGGGAUGUGACAGAGAAGGGAGUCCCCUUACUACUCAUACUGUAAAUAGUCCACAAGACAUGCCCAAAUGAAAUCUUGGUCUCAGGUGUGGUCACAGCAGCGAGGUCCAAAACAAUAAGUACUCCCUGAAAGAAAGCUGCUCUAUUGAUACCACCCUAUCACUAUUAGUCAUUAAUGCUGCAUCACAGAGAUGUGGACAGUGAGAAAUUCUAACUUUCUACAAUAAAAAGUGCAACAACACAGUCCCCCAACAUUGGAUUUCAAGAAGGAAAGUCAAUAGAUGCAAAUAUCAACAUGAGAGCCGUGAUUGAUCUAUUGUGGAAUUUUUUAGGCCAAUACCCAAAUCCUUAUUUGACAUUAAAAAAAUGGGACAAUUCUGUGCAUUUGUUUUGUUUUACAUAAAAGAAAUUGCAUAAAUGUAUUUUUUUUUUAACAAGGAUCCUUUUAUUUGGUUAUCAAAGCUAAUUAUUACUAAACAUUAAGGUUGAAAGUAAGGCUUAAAUAUGUGUAAAUGUGCCCUAUAUUUAUUUCAAAGAUUUAAUUUAAUAAAAAAUAAUAAAUUCAUAAUAAUAAUCGUAAUCAUAUUUAUAAAAUGGGUAAUAAUAAUAUGAAUGAUAUGAAUAAUAAUGUAAUAGAAAUAUAAUAGAAUAAAAAAGCUGCACUAACUAAUAUUUUUUAUAUUAACAAUAGAUCAAAGGACUACAUGUAAAUGUGGUGUCAUUCGUACCCCUCAGCUCUACAGAGCUUUCUUCUUUCAGCUCAUUGUUUUGGUUUUACAACUCCCAACUGAAAUGUUUUGGUUCCGUCUUUCAUCAACCUCAUUUCCAAUAGCUCUGAUAAACCCACUGCACCUGCUCAGCACCAAACAACAGACAGACAAAGUUAGGGGCUAAGUGGUGAACACAGUGGAGCACUUAGCAAAUAAAGAGCUGAUCGUUUUUCUCUCAAAACUGAGCUGAAAGAGGGCGCAAAUAUUGGACUUACAUUCAUCAAUUGACCAGAACACACAUGAUCUCCUAAGGUACAAUUAUUGUCGAUUUUUAUGAGCUACUGCUGCCAAAUAUCACUGACACAAAAUGUGUGCUCACCAUGUGGCAGAGAAAACAUUCCUGUUAUUUCUGACAAAAAAAAGAACUGACACCUUACCUACAGAAAUCUUUCCAUCUUUAAAUGCAAUGCAGCAUUAAUGAUAUACAUUGCCAAUUCAUCAGCAGCCGCAGAAUUGUGAAGUUGCCUGUGCAACUUGAAGGAAACAGAGAAGUGAGUGCAUCUGGCAGUAUCACAUUUGACGUAACCAGAAACCCCAUUCAAAGGUGUCAUCAACUCAAACUGAAAGGGCAUUAAUAUAUGGCUGUGGCAUUCCUGAAUCCAGUCUGUCUGUUUGAUAGCAAAGAAUCCGCAAACAACAAAAGUUGAAUUACAUGUGACACACGUAGUGGCUGAAGUCCGCCAUAGAUAUAUCAAUGUUUGGUUAAAGCCACAAACACUGGAGAGUUUCUUCCUCUAACGUAGUGAGCCUCUGACAGCUUUCCUGUGGCUGUUGCUGGGAGAGAACCUGCUGUAUGUGUAUACUGUAGUUCUAUGUUCAUGUAAAGAUCUCCUGUGUUGUUUAAGAGUUUUCCUCAUUUCAUGUGACACCUGUUCUUGUGACGUCACCUCCCCCCGGAACCUUUGGUGGAUUUUGCAUCGGCCCGAGCCCUAAUGUUGUCCUGACAAAUGUUUUUAGAAGAGGAAGAUGGUGGAAUUAACAUGGAAAUAUUGUAUAAUGUGUAAAAGUUUUUCGAUUCUUUUUAAGUUUUCCUUUUUUCUUUUCUGGACUCUUUGGUCUGUUUUUUCUUUGAAAUGGUCACUACAGCACUUUCUGUAAAUUGGCCAAUAAAAACUUGUUUUGGAAUC